GAGAGAGAGAGAGUUUCAAAGCUAUAUUACUUGACACGAACACAUGCACAGAUUGCAGUCUUUCACGUGUGAAGAGACAUAUUUUCUUAGGUUUCAUCUGGAUGUCCACAUUGACAGAAUAAUGCUCGUGGGAUCUGCGUAAAAGUUGUGCAGCGGACGCGCGUGACAGUCGGACAAUAUAGUCUAUGAGGGAAAUAUGAUGCUGAAUGUAUUUCAAAGCCAUUGAUUGAAUUAUUCAUCCACAGAGAAGACAGCAUGUUCGGUGUGAUUUUUGUGUUUUUACUCGGAGUGGGACAAGUCCUGUCCAGACAGGAUCCGUGUCCUUCAAACGCCUUCACAAAUAAAGGAGAGUGUUGCAAACAAUGCCAGCCAGGAGAGGGAAUGAAGAAGCCCUGUGGAGUGGAACAGACAGAGUGUGAACCAUGCCUUGACAGCGAGACGUUCUCUGAGAACUUCAGCCACCAAGAGAAAUGCCAGCCAUGCACGCCCUGUCCCGAACUCAUGCGGAUGUUGACACCCUGCACUGACUCCAACGACGCUUACUGCGUCUGCAACUACGGCUACUUCUUCAGCAGCGUCACAAGCCGCUGCGAGCACUGUACAGUGUGUCCUGUGGGUCAGGGGGUGUUGAGUCGCUGUAACUAUGACCGUGACACCAUAUGUGAGGAGUGCAUGGAUGAAACGUUCUCAGAUCAGGAAACAUCUCUUGACCCGUGCAUGCCCUGCACAGUCUGUGAGCAGCCCGAUAUAGAGCUGAAAAGCUGCACUCCUGUCAGCGAUGCUGUCUGCCAAGAUGUAGAUCCCGCUAACAACUCAACCUCUUCCUCUUCUCCUCCUCCAUAUGUUUCAACUUCUCUUUCCUUUCCUGCUUUUUCUCCUUCUUCUCCUUCUCCUUCAUCAGAUGUCUCAUAUGUAGACAAGUCUCCUCCCGCGAGCCCUACGGAGAAUGUGACCACAGCUGACCCUGGGCUGAGGAAACUCCCCGGUCUCAGUGAUAACCUGAUUCCCAUCUACACCUCCAUACUGGCUGCGGUGCUGCUGGGCCUGGUGGCCUUCAUCAUCUUCAAACGGUGGAACAGUUGUAAGCAGAAUAAACAUGGAGCCAACAACAGAGCGUGCAGUGCAAACCCCAGUCAGACUCCAUCUCCUGAGGGUGAGAAACUUCACAGUGAUAGUGGGAUCUCGGUUGACAGUCAGAGCCUACAGGAGGGGCAGGGUCCUCCACAUACAGUGGUCAAGAUAGAUGGCGGUUCAUCCCUCCCCAUACCCUUACAUACACGAGAAGAGGUGGAGAAGCUGCUAAAUCGCACCUGUGAAGGGGAGGAGUCAGGGGCCAACGAAGAAUCCGAUUGGUGCAACCUGGCAGGGUUGCUCGGAUACAAGGAGGAACACAUUGCUAAUUUCAAACAGGAGGAGAGGCCUGUUCAGGCCCUGCUGUGUCAUUGGGCGAACCAAGAUUCGGCCAGUAUCGAUACGCUGUGCACGGCCCUAAAGAAGAUCAACAGGGAGGAUAUCGCGCAGAGCAUCACGCCCAAACCUACAGCUACAUCUAGCGUAUGAGAGAGCCGCGAUCAUCCGUCGGUGUGCUUCAAAGCUAUAGGCGCUCAAAUACACACCUUAUAUUGUAUCACUGGUGAAGUUGAUGUAUCGCUAUACCCAAAUCCUAAAACCAAAUGCUGUCUUAAACUCUUUUGACCAAAUCAAGCGCAUCUUUCACGAUAUUGUUUAUUUUGUUAAUUUGAGAACACUUUAUCCACCAAUAGGCUUAAAUUAUUAAUUAUCACACAAGGAGAAAUCAUUUAAACAACACAAAUACACAAAAUACAAGCUUCUUCACACUUUAGCAUACCAUAAUAUACAGUAUUGGCUUUUUUUUAAACAAUAUUGAUUUUAAAAUAACUAGUCAUAACAUGCUAAUAAUAUAUAAAAUGUAGCAGGUUCAGUCAUUUUCUGUGCAAAACCUCAAACCAUAUCCACCAUUUUUUCAAAGUUUGACCCUUACCAUUUCAUGUACACUGUCAGUGUUGUGUUCCUGUGUUUGUAAUACAUGUGUGUAUUGUUAGCUAAUGCGCAGAACAGUAUGAAGGGGAAGAAAUACUGAAUGCAACACCUCUACGAAAGGAUGUCCAAUAGCCAGUCGUCUUAUUGGCUAACGUAUCGAUUGGUAUGUAGAACCAGCUUGAUGAAUACAAUUUAUACCUUAGCAAGCUUACUGAAAUAGCUGUUUUAAGCCAUGCACUAUGAUUUGCUACUUGCGUUUGCUAGUCAGUAUCAGAUGGUAUUGGUGGAUGGACAUUCUCAUUCUUAAUGGUCUCAGUUUAUUGGACAAAAAUGUGUUUAGCGCAAGAUGAGCCAUGAAUAUUCUUGUUGCGUUUUCCCAGACUGUCGUUGAUGUAUCCGUGAUGGUUUAAGUCAGAUAAUGUGACUGUAGAC